UUUAAAAAAGGCAAAAAAAAGAUGAACGCUCCACUCCUGGCUCGUAAACCUCAUCUGGAACCAAACCUUCAGUAGCCCAGCCUCGCCAACCCCGGCAUAAAUGCCUACGCUACCUCUGCGGGACUGGAGAGAAUCGUUCGCGGAACAUCCCCGUCGCUCGAGACCGCUCCACGCAGGGAUUUAUGGUGGUCUCGCGGGGCAGACCGGUAGCGCGUGCCCCGGGAUAAUUCCUACAACUUCGUCCGAUGCAUGAGACAACGGCUGGCGCUUUCGGGCAGCGACGCAGUCACGCAGAGACUUAACGGAUCAGGAUUUUUGACUGCCGGGACAAAUGAAUACAAAUGAAUUUAGCGACCCGAAGGAGAGUCCGCGGAACCUCUCACCCCCGAGCAAAGAGGGCUCUACUUCUGUGUACUCUUCUGUGCUGUGCUUGUUCUUUAGGGCUCACACAAACGCUGUCUGAAGAUGUGGAUGUGUUGCAGCGGCUGGCUCUGCGUGUUGAGCAGGGUUCCCGAGCCGUCCCUGUUGGUAUCAUCACCCUCCGCUCUGGAGUCAUCCUCACGCCCCGUGCCCGCGUCACCGCGGCGACGCGCACCCUGCCCCCGCCCCUCCUCGCCUGGAACUCCACCCUCCUCCUGAGCGUGCGAUCGCAUCGCGUCAACUCCGCUUUCCUCUUUUCAGUCUUCUCCGGCUCCCAGUUACAGCUCGGCCUGCAGAUCUCCCCGGGAACGCUGACGCUCCAUGCCGGGCCGCGGAAUUCCGUCAGCUUCCCGCGUGACCUCCACGACGGCCGCUGGCACCACCUGGCCCUUGUCCUUAGUGGCCGCUCCGUGACCCUUCUCCCUGCCUGCCGCCCUGACGAAGUGGGUGUGACCCGGGAGCUCCCUCACCUGCCGCCGGCCCGCCUGGACCCGCGCGGAACAUUCCGGCUGGGCGGCAGGAGUGCCCUGUUACCAGGCAUCGACCCCUUUGAGGGCGCCGUGUGCCAGCUGGACGUGGUACCACCGGCGCAGGCGCAAGCAAACUACUGCAGCGCCAUCCGCAGCCAAUGCCGUGAGAGCGACACCUACAGGCCGGCCCCGCCCCCCGCUCUGCUGCCGCUCCCACAUCGGCAUGCCCCGCCCACCUUGAUCCAAACACCAACACCUAAACGGACCCUUGAGUUCAAGCCCACCGCUGUCCCACGGACGGCCCUGAUUGGAGCGAACAACGCGCCUUCAGGGUCUCCACCCAGGAGCCCUCGGCCCACACCUCCACCCACCCUGGUCAAACCACCACCGUCUCAAGGACGCUUGAACAUGGCCACGCCCACGCCCAGACUCAGGGCCCCUGAAACAUUGCCUCAAAAGCGCCUCAGUCCUCCCGCCUCAAUGCCCAUGGGCUCGACCCUCGCCGCGUCCGAACCAGCGAGGGUCGGAACCACCACAACAAAAGCUCAAGCCAAAGCGCUCCCUGCCAAACACCUGCGGCUGAAGCACGCUGCAUCGAAAGCCCCCAGCAAGAAGCCCCUCCCUGCAUCGAAACCCACAAGCUCAAAGUCCGCGGACUCCAGGCUGGCACCAGCGAAGCCCUCUAAGCCUGCAAUCGCAAGCCCCCCAGAAGGCAAGCCUACUCUUCAGAAAGGCUCUCUUCCUAAGCCCACCGUGGAAAGUGCCAGCAAAAAACCCCCAGUGAAAACAUCCCAGCCCACAGCGCCCCCUACGCUUGGCUCUACCAAGAGACAGAUGGACAGAUCUUUAUCCAACCAGGCUGCGGGUGUCUCCAAGAGACCAACCGUUACUCCCGCUAAUAAGACCCUGCAGCCUAAGACCAACACGCAACGCACUCCCAGACACACGCCCACGCCCAAGACCACGGCCACGCCCAGGGCCACACCCAGGGUCACGCCCAGGGUUACGCCCACACCCAAGAUUAUGCCCACCACCAUGUCCAGGACCGCACUAACUGUCCCUUCAACUCCAAAGAUGUCCCCGAAUCCCCCUUCAACUCCCAAGCCACCAAUCAAGAUCAAAUCUCUUGGCGUAGGUGUCACCCCACGAAAGGCCACACCCAUCCUAGAAACUACCACCCUCCUGCCUGCUGAUUGGCCUCAGGAACAGGAUCUCGAUCCGAUGAUGUUCACUUUGAUGGCUGGACCACCAGGGCAGAAGGGAGACCCAGGACCUGCGGGACUUCAGGGCCCUCCAGGAAAAUCAGGCCAGCCAGGGAAGAGAGGACCACAGGGACCAGCUGGACCUCACGGAAACCCCGGACGACCAGGACCUCCGGGCUUUAAGGGGAAGAAGGGGGAACCUGGGCUUUCUCCUGGAAAAGCCCCUAAAGGGGAGAAGGGAGACCUGGGCAUUCUCGGCCCUGUUGGUUUAUCUGGCAUAGAGGGGAGGAAGGGGCAAAAAGGCCAUCCUGGACCACCUGGUCUCCCGGGAGAACCGGGCGAGCGAGGACCUGUUGGCAGUGCUGGUGCCAAAGGUUAUCCUGGCAGGCAGGGGUUGCCUGGUCCGGUAGGUCCUCGAGGACCAAAAGGUGUUCGGGGUUUUAUUGGGAGCCCAGGCCUUUUUGGUUUACCUGGACCUGAUGGUGAAAGAGGAAGUCCUGGGUCGGCAGGGAAGAGGGGCAAGAUGGGUAUGCCGGGUUUUCCUGGAGAUUUUGGUGAAAGGGGACCACCAGGAGGUGAUGGCGAACCAGGUGCUCCUGGUGCUCCUGGACCUGCUGGAGUGCCUGGACUGAUUGGUGACAUGGGCCCGGCUGGGGCAGUUGGUUUAUCAGGACCAAUCGGACUUAAGGGUGUUGCUGGGAACAUGGGCGACCCUGGACUCAAAGGUGAUAAGGGUGAAGUUGGUUUUCCAGGAGAGCAGGGAAAGAUCGGGUUUCAAGGAGACAAGGGAGUUCAGGGUUUACCGGGUCCCCCAGGCCCCCGAGGAAAACCAGGACUUCAGGGCAGGCAAGGAGAAAGAGGGCCUGAUGGGAUACCUGGUCCUCCAGGUCCUGAGGGUUUCCCUGGUGACAUUGGACCACCCGGACAAAACGGCCCUGAAGGACCAAAGGGCAAACCCGGAGCAAGAGGGUUACCAGGACCCCGUGGAGCUCCAGGACGAGAGGGAGAUGAAGGGCCAAUCGGACCACCUGGACCUACAGGAUCAGAGGGGGCUCUGGGUAAAAAAGGUUUUCCCGGAAAAUUUGGGGCUGAAGGAGUUAAGGGUGAGCAAGGAGACAGUGGGAAGGCUGGUCCAGUGGGAGAGAGAGGUCUGGUUGGUUUUGUUGGCCCAGUGGGAGAAUCAGGAUUGGCAGGAGAAAAGGGUGAUCGGGGGGAGAUAGGCUUGCCGGGACCACCAGGGGAGAAAGGAUCUACAGGGCAUCCUGGGACUCCCGGAGAGAGUGGACCUCCCGGACCACCAGGCUCAACAGGCCCUCCUGGACCAUGUGGCCCAACUGGAAUACGAGGACCUAAGGGCAGGCGGGGCCCACGGGGGCCAGAUGGUCAGGCUGGUGAGGCUGGCACUGAAGGGAAUAAGGGUCCUGAUGGUCCUCCUGGAAAACUUGGUUUCCCCGGAGACCAGGGAAAGAUCGGUGAGACCGGAGAGGUGGGGCCAAAAGGGUUUCCGGGGAUCCAGGGGCCUUCUGGAGCUCCAGGAGACAAAGGAAUCACUGGCGAGCCAGGACCUCCAGGAACACCAGGGACAGUGGGACCUCUUGGAAACAUCGGACCAAAGGGCCCUCCUGGAAAAGCGGGAGACUUGGGAGUCCCGGGAGAACCAGGGGAGAAGGGUGCUUUGGGAGCAGAUGGGAACGCAGGGGCCCCAGGCAUUGUUGGUCCAAGGGGAGAGCCAGGGCUGGAAGCAGAGCCAGGUCCGGCAGGACCUGAUGGUCCUAAGGGGGAGAAGGGGGACGUGGGUCCGGAGGGUGAAUCUGGCAUGAGGGGUGAUCCCGGGAUCAAGGGCAAAGAGGGUCCGCCAGGAGAUCAUGGGCUUACCGGUGUCAGAGGUCCUGAAGGAAAGACAGGGAAGCUUGGUGAAAGAGGAAAGCCAGGCCCAAAGGGGGCAAAAGGCAACAUGGGGCACCUGGGUGAGACAGGCCCGAUGGGCAAGAUCGGACCGAUCGGAACCACAGGGCCUAAGGGGUCGAGAGGAACUGUCGGACCUGCGGGUGCUCCUGGACGGAUGGGACAGCAGGGAGAUCCAGGCAUAGCAGGGUAUGAGGGUCACCAAGGUCCACAGGGUCCUAUAGGGCCUCCGGGACCAAAGGGUGAAAAGGGUGAACAGGGGGAUGAUGGGAAACUUGAGGGUCUUCCUGGUCCUACUGGACUCAGAGGUCGAGUUGGAGACAGGGGAAACCGAGGGGAGCCAGGAGAUCCAGGAUACCCAGGUCACAUGGGAGUGGAUGGUCUUAGAGGCAAGCCUGGAGCCCCUGGAUUACUUGGUCAUCCUGGUCCCCGUGGGCAACAAGGUCCCAAAGGAUCCAAAGGCGAACAGGGGCAACAAGGAAAACAGGGUAAACAAGGAGAUCAUGGACGUAGAGGAGCACCAGGCGUUGUUGGAUUGCCUGGCCCAAGAGGAGUAGUUGGUCGGGAGGGGCAGGAGGGCAUUCCUGGACCAGAUGGCUUUCCUGGGAAGGAUGGGAGUAAAGGAAUAUCAGGUGAACAAGGCGAUGAUGGUGAGCUUGGUCUCUCCGGGAAACCUGGAGCCAGGGGUAAAGUUGGUGUCCAAGGGUUACCAGGCGAUCAGGGUUCAUUUGGUCCAAAGGGAGAGCAAGGUCUCCCAGGGCAACCGGGCCCUUCAGGGAAGAGAGGCUUUAACGGAGUAACAGGCAUGCCAGGAGCGCAGGGAGAUCCAGGAUCAAAAGGGCAGCUAGGAGAUGUCGGAGAGCCUGGGUUUCCGGGAAUACUCGGAAUGUUUGGACCAAAGGGUCCCUCUGGAGACACUGGGUCAAAGGGCAUUAGGGGACCUAAGGGCCCCACUGGCACUAUGGGGAGAGGGGGCAUGUCUGGUCCUGCUGGUAUGAUUGGUCCCAUUGGUAGGCCUGGCCCUAGAGGGGAUACUGGUAGCAGGGGAGAGAUGGGUACCCAGGGGCCGAUGGGUGCACCAGGACCUCGCGGUCCCCCUGGACCACCGGGACCUCUCAUUGUCCCACAGUCAUUUCAGCGGGAUGACAGUGGUGUAGGCAUGGCUGCAUUUGUUGGCUCAUACACCACACUCAAGACUGAGGGGGCGGGUUGGCUGGAUUUCUCCAAGCUGGACCAGGCUUCAGAGAUCUUUCGCACCCUGCAGUACCUCACUGUGUUGGUGCACAGUCUGAAGAACCCUUUGGGCACCCGGGACCACCCGGUCCGCCUCUGCCGUGACCUACGCACUUGCCAACACAAACUCAACGAUGGCACUUAUUGGAUUGAUCCAAAUCUGGGUUGCUCCUCCGACUCUAUAGAAGUAAACUGCAACUUCACAGGAGGCGGGCUUACUUGCCUUAGACCAAUCACUGCGUCCAAGCUCGAGUUCAGUGUCGGGAGUGUCCAAAUAAACUUCCUACAUCUGUUGAGCUCGGAGGCGGAGCAGCGCAUCACCAUCCACUGCCUUAACGUCUCCGUCUGGGGCUCCGCCCCCACUCAGCCCCCAUUGGUGGACACUGCGAGAUUUUGGGCGUGGAACGGAAAGACGCUGCAGCCGAGUGUGCCCGAGGACACCUGUUGGCAGAGGGAUGGACGUUGGCAGCGCACGGUCUUCCUGUUCAAGGUGACGGACGCCUCGUUACUUCCCAUCAAACACAUCAGCAAUCUGCCUGAAAUCACGCUUUCGUCACGCUACCAUCUGGAGGCCUGCCCCAAAACCCACCUCUGGUACAGCUCAGAAAACUGAUGGCCCAGAACCCUGACAGUGUGAGCCUGACUGAAGUGCGCAGGUCCUGCUCCCUUGUCUUCCACACAGACGUCCUGAAGAACUUCCCCUCCGUACGCCACCUGCUCGCCUCUGUGCCCAAUGUCGUCCGGAUCCAAGGGGUCGGCGUCCAGACACGCGUCCUGCCCCCUGAUCCGUAGACGUCACAGGAUGUGCUGGCCACUAUGCGCUCUCCCAGUGACGGGUUUCCCAAUUUCACAAUCGAUAUUAAGAUUCUGGGACUGCAGUAGUGUAACAAAGUGACGUUUUCCCAUGUUUAUAACCCCGUACUGCAGUACAGGCA